AUGAUGGUCAUCUUCCUGGUUGGUCUCGUGUCAAUGAUUCUCGUGAGAACUUUAAGAAAAGAUUAUGCGAGAUACAGUAAAGAUGAAGAGAUGGACGAUGAACAUGACUUAGGCGAUGAAUAUGGUUGGAAGAAUAUUCACGGUGACGUCUUUCGUUCAUCUUCGAAUCCUAUUUUAUUCACAUCUGUGAUUGGCUGUGGAUAUCAACUUACCAGUGUCGUGUUAUGUGUGACAAGCUUUGCAAUUAUUGGAGAUCUUUAUACGGAACGUGGAUCUCUUCUGUCAACUGCCAUCUUCGUUUAUGCCGCAACAUCGCCUAUCAAUGGAUAUUUUGGUGGUUCUCUUUACUCUCGAAUGGGAGGCAGAAUUUGGAUUCGUCAAAUGCUUUUGUCAGCUUUUCUCAUUCCAAGUUUCGUAUGUGGCACUGCGUUCCUCAUUAAUUUCAUUGCAAUCUAUUAUCAUGCAUCACGAGCAAUUCCUUUCGGUACAAUGUUGGCUGUGACUUGUAUUUGUCUCUUUGUCAUCCUUCCAUUGACUCUUGUGGGAACAAUUGUAGGACGGAAUUUGAAUGGCCAACCUGAUCAUCCAUGUCGAGUGAAUGCCGUGCCUCGACCAAUACCAGAGAAGAAAUGGUUCAUGGAGCCUCUCGUCAUCACUUUACUUGGUGGAAUUCUUCCAUUUGGUUCUAUCUUCAUUGAGAUGUAUUUCAUUUUCACAUCAUUUUGGGCUUACAAAAUUUAUUACGUGUAUGGCUUCAUGCUGCUGGUAUUUUUGAUUCUCAUCGUUGUCACAAUAUGUGUGACAAUUGUCUGCACAUAUUUCCUUCUCAAUGCAGAAGAUUAUCGAUGGCAAUGGACUUCGUUCCUAUCAGGUGCAUCGACAGCGAUUUACGUCUACAUUUACGCCUUUUAUUAUUUCUUUUUCAAGACUAAAAUGUAUGGAUUGUUCCAGACAGUCUUUUAUUUUGGAUACAUGGCAUUAUUCAGUGGUGCAUUAGGCAUCAUUUGUGGAACUGUAGGAUACGUUGGCACAACAUACUUCGUGAGAAAAAUCUAUUCAAAUGUGAAAAUUGAUUAGGAUGUUAGCAAUAAACUUAUGUCGUGUAUGAAAUAUUAAAAAAUGAAAUAUUAAAUAUUAGAAAUAAAAUUGACUAAAGAAAUAUA